GUGGAGGUCAGUGGAGGGAUUGGCAGAGGGGGUGGAGGACAGUCAGUGGAGGGAUUGGCAGAGGGGGGAGGUGGAGGAGGCCAGUGGAGGGAUUGGCAGAGGGGGGUGGAGGACACUGAGUGGAGGCCAGUGGAGGGAUUGGCAGAGUGGGGGUGGAGGACACUGAGCGGAGGCCAGUGGAGGGAUUGGCAGAGAGGGGUGGAGGACACUGAGCGGAGGCCAGUGGAGGGAUUGGCAGAGGGGGUGGAGGACACUGAGCGGAGGCCA